CAUUCAUCCUCUGUUUUAUUGUCAUUGAUACACUGUCCGCGUAAAAAGAGUAAAGUAGUUGCAUCAACACUUUUACGUAAUGGAAACAUGGUUCAUCGCACUUGUUUCUCUCUGCAUCAUCUUCCUCAUCAGAGCCACCCUUUCAUCCAUUUCCACCACCAAGAAAACCACCGCAACCCUCCCCCCUGGUCCACCACAUAUACCAAUCAUCACAAGCAUCCAAUGGCUUCGAAAAUCAUUCGCCCAGCUUGAACCUUUUCUCAGAACUCUUCAUGCCAAACAUGGUCCUAUCAUCAAUCUUAAUAUCGGUUCUCGACCUUCCAUUUUCAUCGCCGACCGUGCUCUGGCCCACCACGCUCUCGUUCAAAACUCCUCCGUCUUCUCUGAUCGUCCUAAAGCACUUCCCACUAACAAACUCAUGUCCAGCAACCAGCACAAUAUCAGCUCCGCUUUUUAUGGACCAACAUGGCGUACUCUCCGUCGUAACCUCGCCUCCGAGAUGCUUCAUCCAUCUAAGAUCAAAUCAUUCUCUGAAAUUCGGAAGUGGGUUCUGCAGACUCUCAUCAACCGUCUCAAAACUGCAUCGGAAUCUGAGGAUUCUGUUACGGUCGUUUCUCACUUUCGUUAUGCUGUAUUUUGUUUACUUGUUUUUAUGUGUUUUGGUGAAAGAGUUAACGAUGAGAAAAUUAACGAUAUUGAGCGUGUACAAAGGACGAUUCUGUUGAAUUUUAGCAGAUUUAAUAUACUGAAUUUCUGGCCGAAAGUUACAAGGAUUUUGUUGCGUAAACGAUGGGAUGAGUUGGCGAAGUUGCUUAAAGAUCAAGAAGAUGUUCUGCUUCCGCUGAUAAGAGCGAGGAAGCAUGUUAAGGAGAGUAGAUUGAACAAUAUUAAUACUGUUGUUUCGUAUGUAGAUACUCUUAUGGAGUUGGAGUUGCCUCAGGAGAAACGGAAAUUGAGUGAGGAUGAAAUGAUUAGUCUUUGUUCGGAGUUUUUGAACGGUGGCACGGAUACUACUUCCACCGCUUUGCAAUGGAUUAUGGCGAAUUUGGUGAAGUACCCGGACGUUCAGGGGAAGCUUGUGGAGGAGAUUACAGAGGUGAUGGGUGGCGAUGAUGCUGGAGAGAAGGAGGAAGUGAAAGAGGAAGACUUGCAUAAACUUCGGUAUUUGAAGUGCGUGGUUUUGGAAGGGUUGAGGCGUCAUCCACCAGGGCAUUUCGUGUUGCCUCACGCAGUGAGCGAGGAUGUGGUUUUGAAUGGUUAUUUGGUGCCUAAAGAUGGGACGGUGAAUUUUAUGGUUGCAGAGAUGGGGUUGGACCCUCGUGUUUGGGAGGAUCCAAUGGAAUUUAAGCCAGAAAGGUUUUUGAAGGAUGAGACUUUUGACAUUACAGGAAGUAAAGAGAUAAAGAUGAUGCCAUUUGGAGCUGGGAGGAGAAUUUGUCCUGGAUAUAAUUUAGCUUUGCUUCAUUUGGAAUAUUUUGUGGCUAAUUUGGUUUGGAAUUUCGAUUGGAAGGUUCCCGAGGGUGGUCGCGUUGAUUUGUCAGAGAAACAGGAAUUCACUAUGGUCAUGAAAAAUCCAUUGCAGGCUCAUAUUUCUCCAAGGAUCUAGAUCGUGUUAUGUGUAAGGUAACCAUAUCCUUGGAGUUAAAUGUCUCUGCAACUGUGUAAUUAAACUAUUCUUGAUUCUCUGUUUGACAAUGUAAUACAUAUCACAGCAGGGGAAGAUUAUCCGCAGAUUUGUCCGAUGGUGUGAUUUUGUUUCAUCAAAUGAUCACUUAUGCAUACAUAUUCCUUUACUAUCAUAGUUGUUCAUUCUUACAUAUCUUGUUUCUUAUAUAAAAUAAAACAUGCAUGACCUUCUUGCAAGCCAAGAUACAUUCAAUGUGAAAAAGUAUGCUAUUGUUUGUUUGUAUAUUCAAGUUGGUUUAUUUUGUUAGACUAA